ACUUUUUCGGCUGCGCUCUCUCUCUCUCUUUCCCUCUCUCUCUGCUAUAUCCCAGCUCAGGACUUCCCAGUGACUUUGCAAGACUGCAUUUAGCACCCACUACAAAUUUCAACUUUCGGAGUGCACAGGAGCAAAUCCGGAGUCGAGAUUUUACGUCCACUCCUGCAGAAAAAAAGCGCGUAAAGGGAUCGGUUUUUACCUGUUGAUGAGGUCCCACCGGGUGUGGGACGCAGAGGAGCAGUCGGGUUUCUUCAUACAGAAAAAAAGUCUGAAAAAAGGUGCAGGCGACACACCGCUGCAGCGGCCAGGAGGAGCGAAGUGAGGGACCUCGGUUUUUCCUUUCCCCCAGCAUUUGCAGCCUGUGCUGGGUUGGUGGAAAAUGGGCACUCCGACCACUUCGAUCUGUGGACUUAUCCUCUCUUUGAUUCUCACAUGCCAGCUGCUGGUUACUGUGACUCAGGCCUCCAAGGUGUGGGGAGAGGUCCCGCUGCCAGAAGACCUGGAAGGCGAGAAAGAUGUCCAGACGUCUCUGAGCUUACUGGACGACGAUGAGGACUUUGCUGCCGAUGAAGCUUCAGGAGAUCUGCCCAGUGGAGAGGAUGAUGGAAGCACACCAUGGCCUCCAGUCUCCGAGAGCACAACUCACUGGUUGGACUCUUCAUAUCUGGGGAACAUACAGAGCCCAGUUGAACCAGACUACAUUUAUUACAGAGCUCUCGUCAACUUCACCAACUCCCUGGUCUACGGCCCCGAGCUCGAGGACAUCUUCUCUCCAGCCUUCGCUGAGAUCUCUGAAGCAGUGGUGGACACGCUGGAGUCGGAGUACAACAGGAUUCCAGGUGUCCAGACAGUCAGCGUGGUCCUCAUUAAGAAGAUGAUAAGAGAGGACGGCGUGGACGUCUUUGUGGAGUUGGAUGUGGGCUCUGACUACAAUAACAACGAUGAACAGAUUCGCAGUGUGCUGUACAACGUGGUGAAGGAGGGCGCCAUCGCCUCCUACGUCACAUCGGUCCAGGGCUUUCAGUUCAGACGGCUUGGGGAAGUAGCCCCGGGCAUCAGACCCUGCAUGGCAGAUGAGCACAGGUGUGGUGAUGGGACAUGUAUCCUGAUGGAAUACCUGUGCGACAACAGACCCGACUGCAGAGACAUGAGUGAUGAGACCAAUUGUGAAAUGGGACGGCCGGCCCCGCCCUUCCCCAUCACCCCCGCCACCACCACCACAACCACCACCAUCAAGAAGCCCCCGCUGCCCCCCAGCCCACCUGGACCCUGCAGAGCCGAUCAGGCCACGUGCCAGAGCGGAGAGUGCAUCCCUCGAGACUACAUCUGUGACGGAGAGAGGGACUGCUCGGACGGAAGUGACGAGUUCAGAUGUGGUACUCCAUCUCCCUGUGAACCCAACGAGUUCAAGUGUAAAAACGGCCGCUGCGCCCUCAAGCUUUGGCGUUGUGACGGAGACAACGACUGUGAGGAUAAUUCGGAUGAAACAGACUGUCCCACCAAGGGUCCGGGCGACAGGUGUGCUCCUGAGCAGUUUGAAUGCCUCAGCGAUCGCACCUGCAUCCCAGCCAGUUACCAGUGUGACGAAGAGCCAGACUGCCCUGAUCGCUCUGAUGAGUACGGCUGCACCCCUCCCUCCGUGACAAGCCCGCCAGAGGAAUCCAUUCAGGCAGCGCGGGGGGCGACGGUGACGUUCACCUGUCAAGCCGUGGGAGUGCCGACACCCAUGAUCACGUGGAGACUCAACUGGGGACACAUCCCUGUCAGCGGCAGGAUCUCCAUGACCAGCGAGAAUGGCCGUGGCACUUUGACCAUUCGUGACGUGAAGGAGGCGGAUCAGGGGGCGUACACCUGUGAGGCCAUCAACGCUAAAGGCCUGGUGUUCGGUAUCCCCGACGGUGUUCUAACUCUCACAUCGAAUCCAAAUCCAGGCAACUGUCCUGAUGGCCACUUCAGUGUGGAGGGUCGCUGUGUGUCCUGCUUCUGCGCUGGAAUCACCAAAAACUGCAAGAGCACCGGACGCUACCGCAACCAGAUCAGCCUGCGUUUCACUGAGGAGGAAGACUUCAAAGGAGUGAACGUCACCUACCCGUCCAGGCCGGGGACUCCUCCGCUCUCCUCCACUCAGCUCCUCAUUAACCCAGAGAUGGAGGAGUUCCAACUGGUUGACUUAUCCCGCCGUUUCCUCAACCUUGACUCCUUCUGGACCCUGCCUCGCCAGUUCCUUGGCAACAAGAUUGACUCCUAUGGAGGAUCCCUGAAAUUCAAGGUGCGGUACACGUUGGCCCGUGGUCAGUCUGAGCCUGUGGAGAAGCCAGAUGUGCUGCUGGUUGGAAAUGGACGCCGGCUGGUGUACCGCAGGGGCAACCCCACCCCUGCCCGAGCGGUCAACCAGAAGGAGAUCAAAUUCACUGAGGAUAACUGGCAGCACUCCAAUGGCCGCCCUGUGAGCCGAGAGGAGCUGAUGAUGACGCUGGCCAACGUGGACAGCAUCAGCAUCCGCACCAUCUACGACAACCACAUGGUCAGCGUAGCGCUCAGUGACAUCGUCAUGGAUACGACCACUGUGGAGUUCAGCACUCGGGGUCACGCUAAGGAUGUGGAGGAGUGCAGAUGUCCUCCUGGAUACUCGGGGCUCUCCUGUGAGAUGUGCUCCGCUGGUUUCGAGCGUGUCCCUGGUGGCUCCUAUCUGGGCACGUGUGCUGGUUGUAACUGUAACGGACAUGCGAGUGCCUGUGAUCCAAUCAGCGGACACUGUCUGAGCUGCCAGCACAACACAGAGGGCCCUCAGUGUGACAAGUGUCGCUCAGGAUACUUUGGUGACCCGAGCAGAGGUCGCCCCGAUGACUGCAAGCCGUGCCCCUGCCCGUACUACGAGACCUCACGCCGGUUUUCUGACACCUGCUUCCUGGACGUUGACCAGCAGCCAACCUGCGACGCCUGCAGGCCCGGCUACACAGGAAGACGCUGUGAAAAGUGUGCUCCCGGUUACCAGGGCAACCCUCUUCUGCCUAAUGGAAAAUGUGUUCCUAACCAAAGCGCCAAGUGUGAUAACAGAGGAACUCUCAGCUCCAGCAGCAGACCAUGCAGCUGCAAGAACAACGUGGCAGGCGCUCUGUGUGAUGAGUGUAAGGCUGGGUUCUUCCACCUAUCAGAGACCAACCCUGAAGGCUGUCUGCGUUGUUUCUGUAUGGGCGUCACCAAACAGUGCUCCAGCUCCACUUGGAAUAGAGAUGAGGUGCGAGGAGGGGUGAACGGGCAGCUCUUCUCCCUCUCCAACAGUGCCAACACUAAAACUAUCUCUGAAGGCAUCUCCCAGAGGGGCUCCUCUGAAGUUGUCUACCGCUCGUUCUCCAGCGUCCCCAACGACAUCUACUACUGGGUCCUGCCUGAGAGCUUCAGAGGAGAUAAGGUUACCGCCUAUGGAGGAGAGCUUCGCUACACGGUGCGCUUUGAACCGUCUCAGCGCUCGCUGGUUAUUGACGGUCAGCCAGAUGUGGUUCUCCAGGGCAACGGCAUCUUCCUGGAGCACUACUCGAAGAGCAAACCUCUCCCACGUGUCCCACAAACUGUCACCGUGACCUUCAGAGAGUCUGAAUGGCGUCGCGCUGAUGGACAGCCGUGUACUCGUGAGCACCUGCUGAUGGCGUUGGCUGACGUUACUGUUUUCAUGAUCAGGGCCACCUACGCAGACAACAUGGCUGAGAGCAGUAUCUCAGACAUCAAGAUGGACGUCGCUGUUCCUCACUCCACUGGUAAUGAACGCGCUCUGGAGGUGGAGGAGUGCGCCUGCCCUCAAGGAUACAAAGGACCCUCUUGCCAGGAGUGUGAUGAAGGUUACACUCGGACCAGCUCCGGCCUUUACCUCGGCACAUGCGAGAGGUGCGACUGCAAUGGCCAUGCCAGCAGCUGUGACUCGGAGACCGGCAGGUGUCUGCAAUGUCUCCACAACACCGCCGGGCCAAGGUGUGAGCGCUGUCAGCCUGGCUUCUAUGGAAACCCAGUCACAGGCGGUGCUCAGGCCUGCCAGCCCUGCCCCUGUCCUGGAACCUCCUCCAGCAACCAAUUCUCCCCGACCUGUUAUCUGGAGUCUGACGGUCAGCCGACCUGUGACAACUGCCCGCCCGGAUACACCGGCAGACGCUGCGAAAGAUGUGCUGCAGGAUACACUGGCAACCCACUGCUCGGGCAGAGAUGCACUGUUGGCAGCAAUGAGGUCAAUGGUAACUGCUAUAACUGUGACCAGAGAGGAAGUGAAGGCUGCACCGGUGGUGUGUGUCGCUGCAAGAUGAACGUUGAAGGCCCAUCUUGCUCCAGCUGUAAGCCUGGAAGCUUCCAUCUCAGCCCGCAGAACAAAGAUGGCUGCCUGUCCUGCUUCUGUAUGGGCGUCACUCAGCAGUGCUCCAGCUCUACACACUACAGAGACCUCGUAUCCUCAGUCUUUUCUCCAGGGAACUUCCAGGGAUUCGCUCUGGUGAACCGUCAACGCACCAACCGCAUCGCCACUGGUUUCACGGUGGAGGUUUCCACUGAAGGCACUCAGCUGUCCUACACCAACUUUGACUACCUGGGACAGGAGCCUCAUUACUGGCAGCUUCCAGGGGUCUACCAGGGAGACAAGAAAGAUUCUUUCUUUGCUCGCACGAAACGAGCAGAUCAGAGCGACUCGCACUCGGCAGAGGAGCAGCUGAGGAAGGAUGCGUCUAUUUGGAACCUAAUGGCCUCUGAACGUAAAGACACCCGCAGAUCCAAAAGAGCUAGACAGGGUGACGUCAGAAAGCUGGAUGAUGAGGUCUGGGCGCUCUUCUCUAACUUCUCCAACGGACGAGCCCGUUCCCAUACAUCCUUUCCCUCUUCCUCUAAAUCCUCCUCAUUCUCCUCCUCCUCUUCUUCUUCUUCUUCUUCUUCUUCUUCUUUCUCUCGGAUCCCAUCUUCCUCUUCCUCUCGCUGGUCUUCGCGUAACAUGAGCCCCCCUUCCCCUCCGUCGGGUAUCUCCUCUUCUGUUAGACCAACCAGACCCCAACACUACUCCCCAGGCCACUCUCCCUAUCUGCAGCAGAGCAAGAACACGUUGAGCAAGACUUCUGCUCGUGCCUCUGGGGACAGCAAGUACGCUCUGGUCUACAAAGGUUUCAGCUUGCACCAGGAUGAUCUGCUCUACUGGCAGCUCCCAGCGCAGUUCACAGGGGAUAAGGUGGGUUCUUACGGCGGCAAGAUUAAAUACUCCAUCUCCUAUGUGGCCGGUCCAAGAGGAACACUACUUGACGACGGUGACGUGCAGAUUAUUGGGAAUGACAUCACUCUGGUGGCUCGUCAGCCGUGGCAGAGGAGGCAGCAGGGCAGCAGAGAGACUCACCAGUUUGAGAUCGUCUUCAAGGAGGAAAACUGGCGUCGUCCUGAUGGCAUGCCCACCCGAGAGCACCUGAUGAUGGUUUUGGCCGAUCUUGAUGACGUCCUGAUUCGAGCGUCCUACUCCACUGAGAUGCGCUCCUCCAGUAUCUAUGACAUCAGCAUGGAAGUCGCUGUGCCGAACUACAGCGGCUUGGCUCAGGCCCUCGAGGUGGAGCAGUGUCGCUGCCCUCCUGGAUACCAGGGACUCUCCUGCCAGGACUGCGCUCCUGGAUAUACCCGCACUGGAGGAGGUUUAUACCUGGGCCACUGCGAGCUCUGCGAAUGUAACGGCCACUCUGACUCCUGCCACCCUGAAACUGGCAUCUGCACGAGCUGCCUGCACAACACUCAGGGCGAGCUGUGCGAGCAGUGCGCUCCUGGCUUCUUCGGUGACCCCACUGUUGGCACUCCAGAGGACUGCCAGCCCUGCGCCUGCCCUCACACUGACCCCGACAACCAGUUCUCCCCAACCUGCGAGAGCCUCGGAAACGGAGGCUACCAGUGCACCGCCUGUCAGCCUGGUUACACCGGCCAGUACUGUGAACGUUGUGCUCCUGGAUAUGUUGGCAACCCGCAGGAGAGAGAGAAGUGUCGUCCAUACGAUGCUGCAGCCUCGCUGGUGGUGAAGGUUUAUCCAGAGAGGGUCCUGUCCUCCCAGGGUGGCCCUGUCAUCCUCCGCUGUCAGGUGUCCGGCUCUCCUCCACACUAUUUCUACUGGUCCAGAGAGGAUGGACGACCCAUCUCCAGCAAUGCUGACAGACGCAGACAAGGAGCAGAGCUGUUCUUCCCCAGCGUCCAGCCGAGCGAUGCCGGCGUCUACAUCUGUACCUGCAGAGACCAGCGCAGCACCAACAGGAGCCGCGCUGAAAUUGUUGUCACAAGUGUCCCAUCUAAAGCCAUUGAGGUGACGGUCGAGGAGCCCAGAGCUCAGACUGUCAGGGUGGGGUCGACUGUCAGCUUCAUCUGCACUGCGAAGAGCAAGUCGCCAGCCUACACGCUGGUCUGGACACGGAUGGGUAACGGGAAGCUUCCCAACCGGGCCAUGGACUUCAACGGCAUCCUGACAAUUCAGAACGUCCAGCCCGAGGACGCAGGCGUCUACGUUUGCACGGGCUCCAACAUGUUUGCCAUGGACGAGGGCAACGCCAUCCUCUACGUGCCAGAGGCCUCACAGACUCAGAUGUUUUACACAGCCUAUGAAAUGUUUGAAGGACACGGAAAGCCUGCAGAGGGGGCCCAACCUGUGGCCACCAUCACCCCCUCAGUGCUGAAUGUCCAGCAGGGCCAGCGGGCAGAGUUUCGCUGCACAGUGACCGGGAACCCAACCCCUGCCAUUGAAUGGAUCGGAGGUCCAGGGAACAGAAUGAGUCCCAGAGCUGUGAUCCGAGGAGGCGUACUGACCUUCACGUCUGUGGAGCCGGCCGACGAGGGAGACUACACCUGCAAGGCCCUGAACACUCACGGGGAGCACACAGCGCGGGUUUCCCUCUUUAUCCAAAAGUCUAACCCAAGUGGCCUCGGCACCCAGCCCCAAGUCCAAGUCAGUCCCCAAAAUAUCGAAGCCCACGAAGGCGACAACUUGAGGCUGUAUUGCCGAGCAACAGGAGUACCCACCCCGAAGCUCACCUGGCUGAAAAACGGAGGACAAAUCCCCCCACAGGCCAUUCCCUCUCACGGUUUCCAUCAGUUUAAAAGCAACAGUCUCGAUGUGUUACAGAGACGUAUUGAAGAGAUGCAGGCCCGCAUGGACCGCACCGACAUCGGUACUCUGCUCAUCCCCAACAUCCAGAUGUCGGACGCGGGCACUUACAUGUGUGUUGGAAGCAACAGCAUUGGCUCAAAUAGUUCUCCCAUUAAAGUGUCUGUGCUCAAAGCGGACCAUAGCUCCUCAGUGGUCAGCAUCCAGCCAUCUAUAGCUGAUGUCCAGGAGGGCCAGAGUCUGGAGCUCAACUGCUUCGCUCCUGGAAAUCCUCCUCCACAAGUCAUCUGGACGAAAGCCAGCGGACGCCUCUCCUCUAACCACCAGGUUUUGGGCAGUCAGCUGCGCAUCCUGUCAGCCUCUCCAGAGGACUCAGGGGAGUAUAUCUGUCGGGUGCCGGGCAACUCUGGAAACCCAGGAUCUCACGUCCACCAGGCCUCCGUCACUGUGUCCGUCACCUCGUCUUCCUCACGUCUUCAGAGUCCAAUCAUCGCCAUCGAGCCCCACAGCGCUGCGGUGCGAGUGGGAGAGUCGGCCAGCUUCAGGUGCAGGGUGUACAGCGGAGCCCAGCCUGUCAGACUGGAGUGGAAACUGGCCAACAACCAGCCGCUGCCAGAUAAUGUUAAAGUCGGCCCUGACGGUUCCGUCAUUACCAUCUCCAGCGCUCGCCCCAUGAACCACGGUGCCUACCGCUGUGUGGCGAGCAACCCGUUCGGCAUCACCCACACCAUCGUGUCUUUGAUUGUCAAAGAGUCUCCUGUGGCCACCGUCACCCCUGUCGGACCCCUGCGUGUCAGGGUGGGUGAACCCAUUAACCUGGAAUGCCAGGCGUCAGGAGAGCCCCGCCCCUCAGUGUCAUGGCACAGGCUGGACAGCAACCGCAAGACCAUGCUGAGCAGCCCGGUGCCCAUGGAGUCUAAUGCAGUCAUGCAGAUCCUGGUGGCACGUCCAGAAGACAGCGGCACGUACGUAUGCACAGCUCGCAACAACGAGGGCUCCACUGAGACCAAGGUGGAGGUCCACGUUGAUGGAGGCCCCCAGGUGCCCACACCACCCAGGGCCUCUGUCCCUGAGCCGCUGAUGGUCGUGGUGGAAGGACAGACUGCAACUCUGCGCUGUGAGGCCCACGGUUUUCCGUCCCCGACGAUCACCUGGUCCAAGCUGCGCUCUCCUCUGCCUUGGAGACACAAGGUGGUGAACAACAGCCUGGUGCUUCCCACUGUGGGUCGCCAGGACUCUGGAGAAUACAUCUGCACCGCCACCAACAGCAUGGGCACCACUGAGGUCACCAUCAUGCUCGAUGUAGAGACUCCUCCUUAUGCCACCUCUGUGCCCGACGACGUGGCUGUGCGGGUCGGGGAGGUGAUCAGGUUGCAGUGCCUGGCCCACGGUACUCCUCCUCUCACCUACGCUUGGACCAAGCUGGAUGGAAGCCUGCCGCCGAGGGCCCAGGUUAACGGAGGGGACCUUCAGAUCAACCUGGCUACCCCUGAGGAUGCUGGGAGCUACAAGUGCGUGGCGACCAACAAAGUGGCCAACAGCGAAGUGAUCGCUAAAGUCACAGUCAGAUCCCCCUUGGCAGUGCGUGUGUCCCCUCAGGUUGAAGUGAAGGCCCAGGGCAGUGCUGUGGAGUUCACCUGUUCAGCAGCAGGCGGAGUAGAAACCAAAAUUGAGUGGCUGAAGGAGGGAGGAGCCCUGCCGCCGAACCACCACGUCAAAGACGGAGUGCUCAGGAUUGAGAACCUGGAGCAGAGCAAUGAAGGCGUUUAUAUCUGCAGAGCCAGCAGCGUGUACGGUCAGGCUCAGGACACGGCCAGACUGACAAUCCAAGCCCUGCCGAAGGUGAUGAUCAACGUGCGCACCUCAGUGCAGACCGUGAUGAUCGGGAACUCUGUGGAGUUUGAGUGCCAGGCUGUUGGCGACCCAGAGCCCACGGUGAGGUGGAGUAAAGUGGGCGGGUCUCUGCCCGCUCACAUCAUGGUGAAGGGCGGCAUGCUGAGGAUCGAUCAGGUGACGGAGGCCGAUGCCGGGCAGUACCGCUGCACAGCCACCAACGACGUGGGCUCAGUGCAGUCCCAGGUGGUCCUGAACGUCCAGUCUCUUCCUCAAAUUGCUGCGCUGCCUGAAACUAAAGAGGUGACAGUCGGCUCUGAUGCGGUUCUGCCCUGUGUGGCUUCAGGAUACCCAGUACCUGAGAUCAAGUGGUCCAAGGUGGACGGAGAGCUUCCUCCAAAGUGUUUCCAGGAGCUCAACGUGCUGACGGUUCCUCGCGUCUCUCAUGACGAUUCUGGGACAUACGUCUGCACCGCCUCUAACAAACAGGGAAAAGUGGAAGCCUUUACUACACUUGAAGUUCACGAGCGAGUGAUGCCAUACUUUGCCCAAGAACCCUUGUCCUACCUCACCCUGCCCACCAUCAAAAAUGCCUACAAGGCUUUCAGCAUUAAAAUCAACUUCAGACCUGAUAAUGUCGAUGGUCUCAUAUUGUACGCUGGUAUGAUCCUCUACAACGGACAGAGAAGGACCACAGGAGCUGACUUCAUCUCUCUGGGACUUGUUGGCGGCCGCUUAGAGUUCAGGUUUGACGUGGGCUCCGGCAUGGCCACAAUCCGCGACCCCAACCCUGUCAAACUGGGAGAGUUUCACACAGUUGAGCUUUAUCGCAACCACACACUGGGCUACAUCAUUGUAGACGGAGGGGAGCCCAUCAACGGCAGCUCACAGGGCAAAUUCCAGGGCCUGGAUCUGAAUGAAGAGCUGCAUGUAGGUGGUUACCCCAACUACACAGUGCUCGCCAAAACUGCUGGCAUUAAGACUGGUUUUGUUGGCUGUAUCCGCCAGCUCGUCAUUCAAGGUGAGGAGGUCAUCUUUAAAGACCUGGACCGCAGUUCUACUGGUGUCACAAACUGCCCCACCUGCAAAGACCACCCAUGCCAGAACGGAGGGAGGUGUGAGGACUCAGACGCCAGCUUGUACAAGUGCAGCUGCCCCAGAGGAUUCACAGGCAGCAACUGCCAGCACCACUCAUCCCUGCACUGCCACUCAGAGGCCUGCGGACCGGACGCCACUUGCAUCAACCGCCCUAAUGGCCUGGGCUACGACUGCCGCUGCCAUCUUGGCAAAUUUGGAAACAAAUGCAUGGAUGGGGAACUGGUGAGCACUCCACUGUUCGACGGCGAGGAGUCAUUCAUAGCCUACCCUCCCCUGACCAACAUCCACGACGACCUGCGCGUUGAGCUGGAGUUCAAGCCGCUGGAAAGAGACGGCCUGAUGUUCUUCUGCGGAGGGAAGAAAAUGAAGGUGGAGGACUUUGUGGCCAUCUCCAUGGUGGACGGACACGUGGAGUUCAGAUACGAGCUGGGCACAGGGCAGGCAAUCCUCCUCAGUCCAGAGCCGGUCUCUCUUGGCCAGUGGCACAGAGUAGUUGCGGAGCGAAACAAACGGGCCGGGCACCUCAGGGUGGAUCAAGGCCCCGUGGAGAGGAAGACGUCACCGGGUAAAGCCCAGGGCCUCAAUAUCCACACCCCCAUGUACCUGGGUGGAGUCCCACACAUGGACAUCCUGCCUAAACCGGCCAACAUCAGCGAGCUGUUUGAGGGCUGUAUUGGAGAGGUCUCCAUCAACAACAAGAAGGUGGAUUUGUCCUACAGCUUCACAGACAGCAGAUCUAUCCGCAAAUGCGUGGACAACAGCCCCUGUGACCGCCGGCCCUGCCUCAACGGUGGUGACUGCAUGUCCAAUGUUGAAUAUGAGUAUCAGUGCCUCUGUAAGGAUGGAUUUGAAGGUGAGCGUUGCGAGGUGGUGAAAGACGUGUGCCAGAGCGACCUUCAGUGCCAGAACGGUGGCAGCUGUGUCGACGGCCAGUGUGUGUGUUUGCCUGGACACUCAGGCCUCUACUGUGAAGAAAGCCAGUUCUUCAGCUCCCCCGAGGCCCUGCGGAAUUUGGAAAGUAGCGAGGCGAAUGAUUCACCCUAUCAGUACGCAGCUCAUUUCCACGAUGACGGAUACAUUGCCCUUCCUAAAUCCAUUUUUCCAAGAAGUGCCCAUGACUCACCAGAGACCAUCGAACUGGAGAUCAACACAAGCUCCCCUGACGGCCUGAUUUUGUGGCAGGGAGUAGAACUUGGAGAACACGGCAAAGGCAAAGACUUCAUCAGCCUCGGGCUGCAGAAUGGACACCUUGUUUUCAGUUACCAGCUGGGCAGCGGAGAGGCAGAGAUCUUGUCCCGGCGGUCCAUCAAUGAUGGGAGAUGGCAUAAGGUCACAGCAGUCAGAACUGGAAAAGACGGAUACCUCCAGAUUGAUGGAGGAGCUGCGCUACACGGACAGUCUAAAGGCAGAAGCCUCAUGGUCAACACCAAAGGCAGUAUAUAUCUUGGCGGAGCCCCGAACAUGGCUGCGAUGACAGGAGGGAAGUUCUUGUCUGGAAUGACGGGCUGCGUGAGGAACCUGGCGCUGAUGAACGCCCGGCCGGGACAGCAGCCCGCCCAGGCCAUCGACCUGCAAACCCACGCAGCCCACGGCAUCAACGUUCAGCCGUGCUCUUCAUAGAUCGCAACGCACACACACUUACACAAACACACACAUAAACACACGCAGAGACUAUGGAGUGAUGUCAUACACACACAGCAGACUCACACAGAGAGACUUGGUGCUUUGCUGCUACCAAAAAAAAAUCAAAAAAACAAGAUGACACAACAGGAUAUGUUUCUCUGUGUGCAGUUAAACCAAAAAAAGAGAGAAAAAAUGAUAUUAACAAGUCUUCUCUUCCUCAGUGUUGUAUUCUCAAUGAAGGACUAUUAACACAGGAGAACCAGUACAGUUUACAUACUUCCAGCAGUAGUUUUAGCCAUGAGAAGAGUAAAACAUAUUAGGCCUUCUACGAUGGGUCAGAUCCUAUGGAGUUGGAGAUGUUUUUACAGCACUGAAUUUUUAUUUAUAUACAUAUGAAUAUAUAUAUAUUAUAUUUGUGGGGGGAAAACAUGCAAACUAACCAUAACUGCUCUUCAACUUUCCUAGAGUUUAUUCUGGGUUCUAAUACUGUGUGUCCAGGGCUUUUUACGGGCCUAAGUGUAUUAAUACUUGAAGAUGUUUAGGCCUUCUUUCUUCACUUCUGUAGAGGAACCUUUUUUGUUUUUUUGUGCGAGCAUGCUUACAGUCAUUUUUAUUUUGGGAGUGGAGCGCACACGGUCACGGUCACACGCAGCUUCAGAACACAACUCAGGUCGUCGAUACAAAUUAAUAACCACAAAUGUUACAUGUGCUGCCGCUUUUACUCGGCUGAUUCUUUUGUUUUGCUUUCACUGCGCUGUUGUCUCUUCUGUGUCUGUAUUUGUUCUUUUUUAUGACAAAGAAAGAAACCUUGGUGCUAACGUCAGACAUGAAGAUACAGCACAGUCACAUGUAGAGAGGAUUUUUUUUUGUAAUUUGGUUACUUAGAUUCAGUAGUGUCACAUCUGUUGAUAUGCAUGGCAUUUGAGGUUGAUUUUCUAAAAAUAUGGCAUGAUUUCUUGCCUCUGCAGCCUUAUUUGAUUGAGUAGAUCUCAAAAAAAGCAGUUUUAAAGAGCUGAGAAGGGUGUAAUUUUUUAUGUGUGGUUGCUGAAGAUAUUGUUUAUGUGUAAAACUAUCUGCCAGACAGGUAGAUAUCUCUAGAGAAUGAGAAAAUGAGUGCUAGUAAAUUUGUUGUUUAUGUAUGUCUCAGCCGCUUCCAUUUCUAACAGGUCACUCUGCUUUGAACCCCAGUGUGAGGUCAGGUGUGUGUGUGCCUGUGUCAUUAUCCAUAUCCUCAGGAGGGUCAACCCAGAACUGCCUCAACAUGUUACUUAAUCUUCAGGUUCGGUAGCUUUAGUGACAAUUCAGUAAGCUAUUGGAGGCGCUGUGGUUUUCUCUGUAGAAGGAGAUUCAUCUGCGACACAGUUGGGAUAGUGUUUGAUCAUGUGGGAAUGCAAAAAGCCUCCUGCAGGUGCUGUGACCAGUAGUGCAGCUCUAGUUAAGCAUGCUCGCUCACCUUUAGGGCUCAUUCAUGCUCCCUUUAAAAUAGAUGCUUUGCAAACAUGUCAAAUGUCAUAGGUAACACCAGAGUGUGGAGUCAAAAGUUUCAGACGACAAACGAGUCAAUGGCGUGUAGAUGGCAGUGGACUGUGAAGCCAUUAAAUACAUACACAAUUAAAAAAAAAAAAAAACAAUUUUUCAGCAUAUGUGUGUCCCCUCUCUACAAUCGGAAAUCAGAUGUUUUUGUGGGUCCGUGAACGCAGCGCAGGCGUUACUCAUCAUGACUUUUUGUCCUUAGCAGUAGUUUGAGGAGUUUGAGUCACGGCAUAAAUAAUUGAUCUGCCGAUCGAGUCAGAGCUGAUCAGACUGAUGGAGUAGAGGAGCAGCUACUGCAGAGGCGAGUGAAAGCAAACUUUGUAGACCCAGCAUAAUGAAUGCUUAAGUUUCACUUUCACUGUGUGUGGUGUUCAGCUGCUCCAUGUGUGCCCAGAGUACUCUCUGCACCCCGAGAAUGUUGUGCAGUCAAUGACCAAACAGCAUAUAUAUUGCAGUAGCGCUCCUUAUGAAAGGUUCAGCUGCAGAAAUUUAAAACAAUACAUAGCGGCAGAUGUUUUAGGCAUGGUGAGCCACCAUUUAAAACAAAUGAAAAUAUAGGAAACCUUGUGGCAUGUGGACAAGGAAAUCUUUUCAAUGUAUUACCAUUUUGGUCUGUUUCACUCUUCUGGUCGUAUCUUAAACUAAGCUACACUGUGUGGUAGUACUGCUCCAUUUCGUUCGUGUUCGUACGUUUUCAGAAAACGUGCAAAAACUCUGGUGAAAUGAACACAGAGUACGUUCUCUGCUCAGAGUAUGGUGCUACCAAUCACCAUACGGUAUAUAUAUUGCAAUAGGGCACCUAAUGAACGGUCCUGCUCCAAAAAUAUGAAAUCAAUUUGUGGUGGCACAAAUAAAUGAAUGUGUGGGAAACCCUGCGACAUCUUUUUACUGUAUUAGCAAUUUGUUGUGUUUUGCCAUUUUUUAAAUGUCUACAUCGUCUCCUUCUGUCUUAUCUUGCUUUAACUAUACUGCCCCUACAAUCUGCUCCGUUUUGUCGAUAUCUGCAAGUUUUCGGAAACUUUGCAGAGACACUGAUGAAAUGAAUGCAAAUCAAUGACAGAAAACUCCAUUUGUGUUUGUAUCUAUUGUGGAGCAUGAAUGAGCCCUAGUCGACUGCACCACAAAACCACAACGGCACGAUCACUUUGGGGGUUCACAAGCUUUUUCUCUCCUUUUUUUGUAAGCUUAAAAUAUUUGUAUUAAUAUCCUAAAAAUGAGCACUAUCCUUUCACUUAGAGUUGCCUCAUUUUUAUUUAUUUUAUGUUUUUUUUCUUUCUCUUUUUCAUCGCUCUUGUUUCAAGGCUUGAUUCUGCUGUUUUAGAAGCAAUCACAACUUGCUAUUUUCUUUUCUCUGGUUAUUGUGUAUUGCCUCCCACAUCCCCUCGUUUUUCCCUUCAUGUUUGAGUUUGAAUACAGCACCCCUCCACGGGAGGUUCUUUACAAAUCCCCACGGAAGACCCAUGAUCUGUAAAACCUGGACCUACCCGGUCAAAUAGUUGAAAACUGGUCUUAUUAUUCACUCGAAAAAAUAAGUCUUAGGCUCCAAAUGUAAUGAAUGAAUUAUCUGCACAGAAUGUUUUCAUCAUGUUUGUUCAUAUAUGAAUGUGUGGAUUGAAAAGAGCCACUGCUGUGGUCCAGGUUUAGGACACUGAAGCAGAGAACGGUGGUGUGUGUGCCCCUUGUUGGGUGCCUUUUGUGUAUCUGCUCUUAAACUGGAUUUUCAUAUAUACACUGUACACUGCUGCCCAAUGCAAAGUUGUCAAGAAACUGCUUUUUGGUUGUUUUUUAGGCCAUUGCAAAAUAUUAAAGGUGCACUUUUAGUAAUGAUGGAGGUUUUUAUUUUAAAAUUUGUUUCACUUCUGAAUGGCAGAAAAAGCGGAUGACUCGCUUACGUGAAUGAAAGUGUACCAGAAGAAAUAAUGUCCAUGUCAGGACGACCUGACUGCUUCAUUUCCAAUGUUGAAAAGACGCUCCCCUUGCCCUUGGUGUUUCUUAAUUAAAAACAAAAUUCAUGUGCUA